GGCACCCCCACUACACAAGCUUCUGCCACAGAGACUAGCCCCGCAGGGCUCUGGCUCACCAUGAUAGCCACCGGCGGGCUCCUGAGGAUUUCCGCCAGAAAGCAGGAUCCCCUCCGCCCCCCAACCCAGGUCCCCAAGCGCAAGCGGAAAGCCAAGAAAAGGCGCAAGAACGAUGUGGUGGUGGUGAAAGGCAAGCUAAAGCUGUGCUCCAUCUCGGGGCUCAUUGCCCUCUGCGGGAUCCUGGUGCUGCUGGUGGGCAUAGCCAUGGCGGUCGUGGGCUACUGGCCCAAGGCCAAUGGGACCAACAGGGAAGGGGGUAAGCAGCUGCCACCCGCAGGCAGCGGCCACCGUGCCCCGACCACGGCCAAUAGCAACGGCAGUGGCAGCAAAAACCGGUCCAGGAGCCACCUGGGGACUCCGGGGGGUGUCAACUCGAGUUUGGUGGGCGCGCCCCGGAGCACACCUCCCGCGCGGUCCGCCGGCCCUUCGUCCUCUUCCACUUCUGUGGGUUUCUUCUUCCGCAUCUUCUCCGGGUACCUGCACUCUGACAAACUCAAGGUCUUCGGGCCCCUCAUCAUGGGCAUCGGCAUCUUCCUCUUCAUCUGCGCCAACGCGGUGCUCCACGAGAACCGAGACAAGAAGACCAAGAUCAUCAACCUGCGGGACCUCUACUCCACCGUCAUCGACGUGCACAGUCUCCGCGCCAAAGACCUGGCUGCCGCCGCGGCUGCUGCCGCCGCCGCCGCCUCCUCGUCCUCCGCCCCCGCUUCGGCGCCCACCGGGGCCCCGCCGCUCAACGGCUUCCUCAGCUACGUGCAGUCGCGGGGCCUGGAGCUGAAGCCCGGGAGCUGCGGCGGCAGCGCGGGGGACGCCUUCGGGGCGGCAGCGAUGCUGGCCAGGGGCUCGUGGCCCCACCCCGCCGCGCUGGGCGGGGGCGGCGGCGGGGCCAAGGGCGCCGCGUCCCCGCCGGACCUGGCCUCGUCCCCGCGCUGCCCGCGGGAGCCCCCGAGCCUGGCGGAGGCCGUGUACAGCAUCUACCGCGAGCGCUCGGGCGUGGCCAGCCGUCGCCGGGCCGCCGCCGCUGCCGCCGCCGCGGUGGCCGCUGCCGCCGCCGCCACCGCGGCCGCCAGCAGCGGCGGCAGCCCGGCGCCCUGCAGCCCACCCGAGAGCUGGGGGCGCCAAAGCACCGCCAGCUCCCUCGUGGGCUCCUCGCUGAGCGCCUUCGCGCUGCUACCCUUGCAAGGGGACCGCGACGGGGACGGGGAUGGCGCUGGGGAUGGGGACGGGGACGCGGAGGGCGCGAGCUGCAGCUGGCAGAGGCCGCCUGGGGAACGUGGCUCCCGAGAGAUCCCGCGGGGCGAGCUCGACCUGAGCUUGACCGAUCUCCGUGGUGCCCCGGGCGGCUCGCGCUGGGCGCCCAGAGAGCUGGAGGAGCCCGAGGGCGCGGCGGCGGCGCGCACCGCCAGGGGGCAGGGUGGCCGCCUGCCCAGGACCGGCAGGUAUGCGGCCCUGCGGCGCCGCAGCACCAGCGGGCUCCCGGACUACAGGGCGCCACCGUCCCCCGAGCCCCCGCCCUCCCCGGGCAGCGCGGAGCUGGACUCGAGCCUUCUGGCCAAAGCUGCCUCCCCCUCUCCGUCCCUGCGGCUGGAGGACUCGCCCCCUGCCAGGCCGGACUCGCCGAGCUCCCAGUCGGAUGACCCAUCCUGCUGCAAUAAGGGCUACACCCCCCUGCGGGAGGCUGGCACCUCUUUGGAGUCGGUUGUGGAAGCAGUAGCCAGUAAAAGUCCAGACUGUGAGGUCCCCACGGCCCCGGGGGCGCAGCAGAGGCCCCCCGAGGAUCCCAGCCAAGGGCCACCCGCGGGCCAGUCACCUCAGCCGGUGCAGAGGCAGUUUACAAACAAGGAGAAACUCUUCAUGAUUUCCCGCUCUCACGCCAUAGGGGUAGAGGAUGGAGAACUGGAAAGUACUGGCAUUUAGGAAAUGAAGGAGCGAGGGGAGGGGGGUAGUGGUGGGCAAAGGAAUCAGAGGAUUGGGGGAAUGCCCACUUGAAUCCGUGAAUUUAACAUUUCCCUAUUUCCUUGUGGACUUACCCGAGGAAAUCAUCCAAUACCCAAAGAGCUGCAGAAUGUUAUCCCUGAAAUGCGUUCACAAGAUUCCUGUAGAUAACUCCAAGCAAUUUUUUUUAAAAAAGCAAACUAGUCUUUUAUGUCCGAUGGUGAUUGUAUGUUCCAUGAAAACCAAAUGUAUUAAAAGGUCAGCAAUCUAGUUCAUUAGAUGAAAUUCUCUUAAUUUUCUUAGGAUCAAAAUAAUAUAUUUUUUUGACAGUAACUGUGCACUUUACUCCAACUUUUUCCUCCCCCUCAUUUCCCUAACCCUGUCCUGUGCCUCUGGUUUUGUCCAUAGCUGCUUGUGAAUGACAAGCUUUCCUUCUCUUGUGCUUUUGUGGAGCAUGGAAGGAUUUGUCAAAGUUCUUUGAGAACUGCCCUUACUCAAUGAAGUCAAAGCCAGAAGCAAGAGUCUGCCAGCAAAGAGCACUUUUCCUUGCCCCGCCCUAUUCUGCUCCAACAGCUCAAAGGCCUCUUUAUUUUUUAAAAGGGUAUUUACAUUUUACUACUAGGGUAUCUAAUGGAGGAGGGGAUGGGCAUCAUCUAGAUGGAUUGUUACAUUCCUAAAUUCACUAUAUCAAGUACACAAUAUUGAGUAUUAUCACACCUGUGUUGCAAAUAGCAUUAUUUAAAAAAACUUUUUUUAAUAAAAGAAGU